GCCGUACCGUGCGCCUGAGCUGUGCCUUGGCUCCAAGACAUACAGAACUGAAGUAGACAUCUGGGCGGCUGGCUGUAUCUUCGCGGAGUUGGUAUUGAACCGCAAACUGUUCGCCGACGUACCCAGUGAUCUAGCGCAUCUGAACAACAUCAUCAGCAUUGUCCCACCACCACCAGCGGAGCACUGGAAGGUAUCCACGAUGGGCUAG